AUGUUGAGUCCAGGCAAAGGACACCGACCUCGGCCGCUGCAGCUGUUGCCAGCAUGGGCGUCAGAGCCUAGGGGCGGGCGCUGGCGAUCGUCACCAACCAAACGGAACUUUUCUGCCAGCUGCUUGGCCUUUUGCACUGCCGGUUGCUCUGCCCUGCCCCUGAUUUUUGCCGUCUCGGCUGCGGCUGAACGCCGGGGCCGGCGUGGGGAGGACCCGAUCAUUGCGUUAAGGGAGCGCUUUGGACUGCGGGAUCUGGAGCUGUGGGCAGGCUUUGCGCUGGGGCCACUGGCCGCCUGGGCAUAUCCCGACCUCCGCAAGACCGCGGCCGAGCUGCUGGACCAGCCGAUGUGCUUUGGAUUCAUUGGCUUCUGUGGUUCGAUCCCAGAAGCGAUGCAAGUCUUCUUCAGGACUACGCUGGGCCUCCUCUUUAGUUUCCUGCUGGCCUACAGAUCUUCGUUCCUGCUGAAACGCCAAAGGAACUACUACACCGCCAUGUACGAGGAGGCCACAGUGCUCACGCAGCUGCUGGAGGAAGCUCCCAUGAUUUUGGAGUCCUCUGAGGUGCUGGUGAUCAUGAAGCACGCCCGUCGGUACCUGGCCGCGAGCACCUGGCGGAAUGCAAGCUUUCUUCCAGCCGAAAUGGUGGCACGCAAACUGCGGACAGACAAGGAUGCGAUUGAAGAGAUGGCACGACUUCUGCUAGGGAAGAUGCCAACGACGCCAACGACUCAGCGUUUGUUGGGCAUCGUCACCAGCCUUCGUAUGGCGCGCUCGAGGAAAUAUGCUGCGAUGCAGCGCAUCGUGCCUGCGAAGCAGAUCAGUCUGCUGGGGGUUCUGGCGAUCCUGAUCACGCUCACGCCCUUUCUGGAUGGGAAGGGCGACACUACGGAGUUUGCGCAAGUCUUGUAUGGAGUCCUGGUGGAGGUCCUUGUUUUCGUGAUCUUUUAUGUUGGUGGAGGACCAGCGCUGGGCCUAUACAGCACCGACAAGGAACGUCGCACCAUUUUCAGAGCGCUCAUGGAGUUGAUCCAGAAGACAGAAGCUGAGCUGAAGUAG